AUGAGAAUUGAACAUGCGCAAGAUAGGAAUCCGUCAGACACGUGCGAGGCUACGGUUGAAGUUCUGGCACUUGAACUCCAACAGAGGAACGACAUGCCUCAGAUGAAAAUCGUUCCUCGCCUUAAAGAAGCAGAAGAAGAUCGUUUAAAAUGCGACCAAAGUUCGAAUUCUCCGACAUAUCAUAACGAACACACUCCGAAAGUCGCGAACAACAACACAGGAAACAUACCUGUACAAUCACAUGACAGGCUCCAUACAAGGCCGGUGUCCAAGAAGACUGUGGUAACCUUGGAUGAUAUUUCUGAGCAUAAGAUUCCUAAAGCAUCUCUGUCAGUCAGGGAAAAGUCUCCCAAAGCUUCCAAGUCCAAGAACGAAAUGACAAAGAAAGAUGUGGUCUUAUCGUCGAUCACUACAAAAGCGGCCUCACUACCCGGGAUCAAGUCUUUUCAGCCAGACGUGCUCAUGGGCCAGAAAAGAAAACAUGAUAUCCAGGGCCGUCUCUCAGGUGUCAGUCUUAGAGAGCUCCACGAGCGAUCGCUUCAACCCCGGUUUACUUACGGAACAGCGAGAUGGAAGGAGAUGCAAACACAGCCAGGGUUCAAAUCCACGACACUACACUAG